UGGAAACGGUGGUGUCACACUGUAGGAGCACAGCAUGGCUCCCCAGUUAGGGCUCUCCUCCUCCUCCUCCUGCUGCUGCUGCAUUUUGUAGGUAAGUUGGGCUCCUUGCUUCUUGCUCAACUUGCCUCUUCCUGGAGGGAACUUCUGUCCUCAGCUGCUCCCACCACAGCUAGACUGAGUGGCUCCCCGUGGUGAAGAGGCCAGGCCCCCCAAGGGGCGGGUGCUGGGUGGCAAGCAUCAAGGCAGGGCCACCCCCCCUCCAUGCCCAGCCUAGCGGGUGCCAGAGACCAAACCCAGCAAGGAAAUAAUAAUCUCCCCCUUGCCUGGCUGCUUCAAAAGCAAGAUGCAGGAAAGGAGGGGCUGCACGGAAGGGGGCAGGAGGCGGGGCCAGCCAUAUAUGUGCCCCCCUAGGGGCACAGGAAACUACCAGUGCAGACCACUGGGUCCAUCUAGCUCCAUGCUGCCUUCACUGACUGGCAGCAAUGGCGCCCCAAGAUUUUAGGCAGGGGACUUUCCCAGCCGCCGCUGGAGAUGCUGCCGGGGACUGAGCACAGAACCUUCUGCAUACCAAGCAGGUGCUCUGCGCCACUGACCUCGAACCACUUCCCCAAGCAGAGAGGAUGUUGCGCCUGAUCCAGCGAGGGAUGGGGCUCAAGUGGUGGAGACAGCUGUGGGCCAAAUCCAGCCUCAGGUAUGCCUGGCACAGCAGAAACAAAGGCAGGGGGGCAGAAGCCCCUCUAGGUCACUGCAGGAUGAUGGAGGUGGAGGGGGGCUCUGGCCAGGUGCUGUGGGGGAGGGACCUGGCACAGGUGCUGCUGGUCUUGGCAGGGCACCACAGAGUGUAUUGUGGGAUGACCAGCCUCACAUAACCAGCAUGCUUGAGUCUGAUGAAUGCAUGAAGGGGUUAAUGCCAGGCUUAGCUAGCUCACCCCCCCCCCCACCUUGGCAGGAGCUGCUCAAGCCUAUUCUUGUGCCUCAGUCUACCUGAGAGGUUCAGUGGGUCAAGAGGUCUGAGUUGGCUGCUGCAUCUUAUUGGCUUCAUGGGUGCCAGGGGCUGCCUGCCACACAGGCUUGCGGGGGGGGGCUGUCCUCAGUGAUUUCCUGCCCCCCAUGUUUCCUGCCCUUCCUCUUCCAGGCUGCUGCCUCCCUCCUAUGCUGUGCCUGACCAGAAAGUGAGCUAUUCCAGCCAUGCCAACAAGGUGAAUGGGGGCUGUUGUCACUCCGCCCUGCUUUGCGUUGCCCCCGCCCUGAGUGAGGCUGCCUGGGACUCCUUUUGGCUGCCCCCACCCUGAGAGAAGGCACGCUGGGCAAACAGCGGGGGCAGGUGCUUUGGCAGGAGGUGGGAAGCGGGUUCAAGGCGGCCUUGAGGCUCAGGAGGGGACCACUGAGACGGGAAAGCGUCCCCUCCACAAGAUGGAGGGAGAGAGGAGGGUCCUGCACCCACUGGAAGCUGCCAGGGCAUGAGCUCUGUUGUGCCACCGCCAGCCACCCCAAAGAGGAAGCAUCGCCUUUUCUUUCAGGAAUCAACAUCCUUUGUCACAAACAUAUUCAACGGGCACCUGGCCCCUGAGAAUGUCUUCCCCUUCCCUUCAGGUAGGCAGCGGGAGCCCCCUCAGCCAGCGGGGGUCUCUGAGGGGUGGGGUGAGGGGUUUGAUCCUCCUGCUGACCCACCAGCCGCCACUCUGCCCCCUCCAGUUCUCUCCCCUGAGCAAGCGCAGUCCCUGCAGGCCAUGGUGGAUCCCUGCACCCGCUUCUUCGAGGUGAGUGGGGGUGAGGAGGCCUGCACUUUCCAUUUUGCCAAAUUAAGCCAGCGUCCGUCUUUGGGUGCCCUGGGCGGCUGUGCGUAGCAAGAUUGGGUGGGCAUCUGAGAGGGCACAUCUGGGCACUUGUCCACACAAGAACAAAUCCUGCCCUGGAGGGAAGCGUAUAAAGCUGGAAAAACAUUGCUCAGACAUGCAAAAUCCGGCAGAAGUAUCAUUUCUCACCUUUUCAGAUUUCACUUUUGAAAUUCUUUAAAAAACAAAACCUAAUUCUUCCGUCUUGGGUGUUGAGUGAUUUGCCCCUUAGAUCCUUGACUCCAAAUGUAUCCACAGCUGAUAACUUGGAAUGACCCUUUGGAUCAGAAGACAACUCUCUCUUUCCCCCUUUUUCUUUUUGGCAAACCUUCCCUGGAACUCCCUGCCACAGGAAAGUGGCCUUAGGGGAGGGUCUGCCUUUGCUUUGUUCUUUUCAAACUGUGGGCAGGAAGUGAACGACCCAGCUGCCAACGAGGAACUGGAGAGCAUCCAGGAGGAGACCCUGGCCGGCCUCAAGGACAUGGGCUGCUUUGGCCUCCAGGUGCCUGAGGAGCUGGGGGGCAUCGGGCUCACCAACACGCAGGUGAGAGGGACUGAUGGGGGGGUGUCCAAUGGGACUCUGGGGAGGAGGAGGAGGCCUUUGAUAUAGCCAGGAGGGGGGGUGAGGUAGAGGAGGGGCCAGAAUUCCCCCUUUGUGCAGCCCCUGCCCACGCAGAGAUGUGGGAGCAUGUGGGGUGGUGGGGUGUGGGGUGCGCACUGAUGCUCCAGGUGUGAUGGGCCAAGAGGAACUCAUCUCCCUGGGGAGACCCCUCCUCCUCCAUCUUGGCCUUGUGGGGCUGGGUGAAUCAAUGGCUGCCUGCCCCGCGUGAUGCCAACCUCAGAGCAAUUCACCCCCCAGUAUGCCCGCAUGGUGGAGGUGGUCGGGAUGCACGACCUCGGGGUGGGCAUCGCCCUCGGUGCCCACCAGUCCAUCGGCUUCAAGGGGAUCCUGCUCUUUGGCACAAAAAGCCAGAAGGAGAAAUACCUGCCCAAGUUGGCAACUGGUAAGACAACCCCCCCUCCCCAAAAUGAGACCUGCCGGGACGGCGAGGGCACCAGCGCUGUCGGAAGCCCAAACCAGGCAGGGGACGCGGGCGGGAGCCGUCGGGUCUCCUUCCGCCGAGCAGCCGCAGGGGUGAGAGGCCAGCCUAGCCGCCGCCCAGAGGCCCGGGGAUGGCGCGCCCAACCUCGGAGGGGCGCUGGCUGGCUCUGAGAGUCCCGGGAGCCCCCCGGCCGGGUCGCCCCGUCGAAUGAGCGGCUCGUCUCUCCCUGCGCCAGGCGAGGUUCACGCGGCCUUCUGCCUGACGGAGCCGUCGAGCGGGUCCGACGCCGCUUCCAUCCAGACGACGGCGGAGCUCAGUCCCUGCGAGCGCUAUUACACCCUCAAUGGGGGCAAGAUCUGGAUCAGGUGAGGGACAGAUCCGGAUCAGGCCCCCCCCCCCCGGUGGCCCAGCGGGCUUCCCCGCGCCCUCGCUGACUCCUCCCGGUUCCAGCAACGGCGGCACCGCCGAGAUCUUCACGGUCUUCGCCAAGACGCGCGUCAAGGACGUGACGACGGGCGAGGAGAAGGACAAGAUUUCGGCCUUCAUCGUGGAGAGGGCCUUCAAGGGCGUCACCAGGUGAGCACAGGGAGAUGCCUGGACGGGCGGCCCCGGUCCGGGGAACUUGGGAGGAGGGAAUAGCCUCGGGACGCGGGCAGAGUGCGCUUCCCUCGCCCCUGGGUCGCUGCCACCGGCGCAGGAGCCUAAAGGGACGCGGCUGGUUGCGCCGUCGGCUGCGCGGGGACCGGGAUGGAGCCGAGCGCGCCGCGCCGCCCUGCGCCUCCGCGUCCUGAGCCCCGCUCUCCCUCUAGCGGCCCCCCGGAGCAGAAGAUGGGCAUCAAGUGCUCCAACACGGCCGAGGUGCACUUCGACGGCGUGCAGGUGCCGGCGGAGAACCUGCUGGGCGGCCGGGGGCGCGGCUUCCAGGUGGCCAUGCACAUCCUCAACAACGGCCGCUUCGGGAUGGCCUCGGCGCUGGCCGGCACCAUGCGCGGCGUCCUCCGCAAGGCGGUGAGCGGGGCCUGCCGUCGGGGGGCGGAGCGAGGGAGGGAGCGGCCGCGCCCGCGCUGAGCCCCCGGCCCUGCCCUGCCCUGCCCGCAGGUGGAGCACGCGGCCAACCGGCGCCAGUUCGGGAGCGCCCUGAGCAGCUUUGGCACCGUCCAGGAGAAGCUGGCGCGCAUGGCGAUGCUGCUCUACGUGACCGAGGUGAGGGGGGGGGCGUCGGGCCGACGCCUGAGGACAGGCCCUGGGGGGCGGGAAGAGGCGGCUGCGCCUUGGAGGGAUUCCACUGCCGGGUGCCCAGCGGUGCCUCUGCCCGCCCCUUCCAGGCCAUGGCUUACGUGCUGAGUGCCAACAUGGACAUGAAGGUGCCCGACUACCGCCUGGAGGCCGCCAUCAGCAAGAUCUUUGCCUCGGUGAGUGGAUGGGGUGGGUCCACUGGUGGAGGAAUGGGAGUGCAGAGGGAGAGGACCACCCCCGGCACCACUAUUCCAGUAGGGUGGCAUCAUGGUGCCCCCCCGGGAUGCGCACUACGCCCCCACCUGCUCUCCAACCCGUAGCAGAGGAUGCAGCUUCGCCACUGGGUGGGUUGGUGGGGGACAUGUCUCUCCAAGGAAGCCAGGCCUGCUCUCCCAAAUCUCCAUCCCUCAGCCCAGCCUCUCUGCUAGGCAGAAACUGAUUGGCCUCGCAGGGGGGUGGGGCACGAGUUGGGGGGGCUGGGGGGGCACCCUCUUGAGUGCUUGAGGAGGCACUCCUUGACUCUAAAUUCCUGACUUGCCCCUCCCUGGCCUGCUGCGUCCUCCUGACCCGUUCCCUGCUGGCCUCCUGCUUCCGGCCCCAGAGGAGGCACCUGUCUGGCCAGCAAGGCCUUUGGGGUGGUGGCCCCAGAUCAGCUGAGGCUGCCCUUGCUGCCUUGGGCUGUUUCCAUCCCCAGGAGGCAGCCUGGAUAGUGACCGAUGAAGCCGUCCAGAUCCUGGGAGGGAUGGGCUACAUGAAGGUCAGUGCUCCUGCCUGGGUUUGGGGGGGGGGGCUUGCAGGGGCGGCUCCUUUGGGCCCCAACUGGGCAAGAGCCUCAGGCCAGUGGAGGUGACCUUGAUUCCUUUGGCCAGGAGACGGGAGUGGAGAAAGUCCUGCGAGACGUGAGGAUCUUCCGCAUCUUUGAGGGCACCAACGACAUCCUCCGCCUGUUUGUGGCACUGGGGGGCAUGAAGGUGAGCCCCCACCCCGGCCUUUCACCAGGGCCGCCCUCCCACUGGCCCUGACACCUUGUUGGCCUUCUCAGAAUUCACUCAGCCUCUCCUUGGCUGCCACAAGCAUCAAUCAAAGCCCUCAGGACCCACCACUAGAUGGCACUUGGAGCACAAGAAGCUGCCUUCCUGGGGUCCAUCUAGUUUAGCACUUCCUACACUGACUGGCAGGGAUGCGGGUGGCACUGUGGGUUAAAUCACAGAGCCGAGGACUUGCCAAUCAGAAGGUCGGUGGUUCAAAUCCCCACGACGGGGUGAGCUCCCGUUGCUCAGUCCCUGCUCCUGCCAACCUAGCAGUUCAAAAGCACGUCAAAGUGCAAGUAGAUAAAUAGGUACUGCUCCAGCGGGGAGGUAAACAGCAUUUCCGUGCGCUGCUCUGGUUCGCCAGAAGCGGCUUAGUCCUGCUGGCCACAUGACCCAGAAGCUGUCUGUGGACAAAUGCUGGCUCCCUCGGCCAAUAAAGCGAGAUGAGCGCCCCAACCCCAGAGUCGUCCGCGACUGGACCUAAUGCUCAGGGGUCCCUUUACCUUACACAGACUGGCAGCAGUGGCUCCCCAGGAUCCGAGGCAGGGGACACUCCCAACCAUACCUGGAAAUGCUGCCAUGGCGGAUGGAACCGGGGACUUUCUGAGUGCAAAGGGGGUGCUCUGUCCCCUGAGCCAUGGUCUUCUGCCUGCCUGCUGCUGGUGGCUCCCACCCUGUGGAGCCUGGGAGAAAGCAGUCAGAGGCCCCCCAGGAGUGAACCAGGAGCCCAGGCAGAUGUCCUGGACAGUUGUCCUUUUGCCAGCACCAUAUUCAGCCUGUUAGAUGGCACACCAACCCCAUGAGGUCGGCCGCCAUUAGUUUUGUUUUCUAGUGGAGGCUGAGAAGCCCAAAGGAGUUCAUGGCAGAGCUUUCUCCCUGAGCCAGGUCAGAAUCUCUCUGGCAACCCUCCCUUGCUGGGCUGCCCCUUCUUCCAUGGCUUGUCCGUGGGUCCUUUGUGGGCAGGAACCUUAGAGGAAGUUCCCCAGUUCAUGGGCUGGAGCUGCCCUCUGCUCUGCUCCAGGUUGACCCAAGACUCUGGGGAAAACAGGAGGGGUGGGGUGGGGUGCCCCCUCCCAUCUCUUUUGCAGAAACAGCCUUGGGGCUGGACCUCCUUUGAGCAGGGCGACUCUCUCUGCCCACAGCAUGCUGGAGAGGAGCUGCAGCGCCUGCAGAAGUCCCUCUCCAAUCCGGUGGGGAAGGUGGAAGCCCUCUGCAAGGAGAUUGUCACGAGAGCCAAGCGGUGAGAAGCAUGUCUGGGGCUAUUGGGGGGGCUGUGAGCCCCAUGUCCAGCUUGGGGGCAGAAGCGGGUGCCUGGCGUGUUCCUCUGGUCUGAGGGGGAGUGGGUGGCACUGUGGUCUAAACCACAGAGCCUCUUGGGCUUGCUGAUUGGAAGGUCAGUGGUUUGAAUCCGCAUGACGGGGUGAGCUCCUGUUGCUCUGUUCCAGCUCCUGCCAACCUAGCAGUUCGAAAGCACAUCAAAGUGCAAGUAGAUAAACAGACUGGAGCUUUUACCGUUUUUUACCCUCUGGUCUGAUGCAACAGCCAGGAGUGACAGCCCACAGACUCCCUGGUUUGCUCUCCAUCAACCUUCUGAUUUCUAUCUUGAAUGUCCAACUGACAGUUCUGUUCCUCUUCCAAGUUCUGCACAUCUCCUUUCCUUUCUCCUUCCACUGCAGGAAAGUCGGGCUUCCCAGUGGCCUCUCUCUGCAGGGCGAUGUUCACCCAGACCUGGAGGACUGCGCGACUCUGGUGAGACAUCAUGGUGGGAUAAAAAGGAGUUUGGAGCACAGCUGUGAUUGGAUCCAUGUGCUGGCAAGGAAGCAAACCUUGGAGAUGUACAGAGCUAUGUACACGUAUAAUCUUUGUGUGCAGACACUUGUUACAUUGCCAGCAAAAACUGGUCCCCUCAAAAGCAUCAAGUCCCCCUUUGAGCCCAUCCUGAGAUGCUGUUGCAACUUUAGCUUCUCUUUCCAUCGUGCCAGUGAAGAGGACACCCCAAGGAGGGUAAGCUUUUUGGCUCAAUGGCCCACAGGAUCUGGAUCAUCCUCAAGGGCCAGAUUUGACAUGUGCUUGGGGCUGCCCUAAAGCCCUUUGCAAAAGCACUCUUUGGAGCAGCUUUGGGCACUUUCUCUAAGUGGACAGUAUGUGAUGGUGAUGGUGGGGGUCCGUGUGGCAGAUAGCAGAAUGAAGCCUGUAAGAUACAGGCUGCUCUUCCUGCUUCUGCUGCCCCUGAUUGUUUAAGAAGGACAGAGCUGCUUCAGAGAGUGCUUUUGCAAAGGGUUUUAACUCCUGCCUAUCAGCUGAUGAGCAGAAAUUGAAUCCUGUUGCCUUGGCUGUGUGAUCCAGUUCCCUGUCCUCCUACCCAUCAGCUGACGUUCCCGGUGACAUCAGCUGAUGGGCAGGUAGGCCUGGCUUGAGAGAAAUGUGGGUCAAAUGAGACCCCUUGGCAGGAUGAAGUGGGCCCAUGGAUUGGAGGUUCCCCACCCCUGCCCUACGUGGGUGUCUGCAUGGGGUGUUCUUCCAGAGCAGGGUGCCAGAGCCCCCUCCCCACCUGUUCCCAGGUGGUGCCUGGAAGGGCAAGCUCCUCUCGCUCCAGAGGGUCCUGAAGUGCCGGCUGCCUGAGAGGUGGAGGUUGUCCCCCCCGGGGGGGGGGGGCUGAGGCUCCUGACCCACAGGAGCAUCACUUUCCAGCUGGUUCUUCCGCCUGGGCUUUCCGAGAUGCCAUCUCUGCGCCUGUAGGUCCUGUAACUAUGCAAAGAGCGGCUGAUGGAGAAACAGGGUGUGGGAGGGGCCUGUAAAGGAAGAGCUGCAGGCCCCCAUCAGGACUACUUUCAGCCUGGGGGGCGGAGGGGUGUGGGCAUGCCAGGCUAGCCCUCCCUUUGCCCUUCCUCCGUCCAGGUCACCAAGGCUAUUGAUCUGUUUGGUGAAGUGGUUGAGAGUCUGCUGCUGAAAUAUGGAGCUGCAGUGGCAGGUACCCCCCCUGCCCCCCAAGGAAAAGCAGGCCCUGCUUUGGACCUCAAGUCCCUCCCUGGAUCAGGAGCCAUGGGGAGCAGGGCCUGACCAGGCAGGGGAGAGACCCCAGCCUGACCUUCUGAGGUGGGGCAUGGAGGCCUAUUGUCAGGCCCCAUAACUUUCUGUGGGUGUUCUUGGGAAGGGCUGUUGGGGGGCCACACAGUGGGGCAGGUCCCGUGUCUGCUGUGUCAUGGGUCGGGCGGGGGGGGGGAUAAUCCAAGUCUGCCUGCAAAAGCAAACUCACCUCCUUAGCAAUUUCUGGAGUGAGAAGCAGAGGCCAGGUCAGCUGCCCCAAAUCUUGCCUGACGCCCCCUCUCCCCCCCCCCAAUUCCUCCAUCAGACCAGCAGUUCCACCUGAAGCGCGUGGCGGACUCUGCCAUCGACAUCUACGCCAUGGCUGUGGCUCUCUCCAGGUAGGGAGUCUGCCUUUGCAGGGCGAGAGCAAAGGUGCCCACGGUUUGCCCCCCGGCUCUGCAAACUGAGGGGCCUGACCUCUGGGCUCCCCUCCUGUGGGCUCUGGCCUUCCCUCGCUCUCUCUCUCUUCUUCCAGGGCCAGCCGCUCUCUUUUGCUGAAGCAGCCAUCAGCGCAGCACGAGGAGCUCUUGUGUCGCACGUGGUGCCAUGAGGCAAGGGGUGGGGUGGGAGGAGGACCCCCGUAGCCCCUUCCUCGGCCUGGGCUCAGCCAUGUCCUCCCUCUGGCCCCUCUCUCCCCUUGGCUCUCAGACCCAGACUUCCUCCCCCUGGCUGCCCCUCCCCCAGCCCCCGUUUCCUGCCGGGUGAUCCAUUCCUCCUCCUCCUCCCAGUCCUGGGGCAGGAGUUGAGCCUUGCAGGAUGUAACCAGGUGUGAAAUGCUUCUCUCCUUCAUUAGCCAUAAUUGCAGGGAGUUAUCUGGGCCUCUGCCAGAGCACCUGGCUGUGCUUCUUUGAAGCUUCCGCCGGCCUGGAGGAAGCCUCACUGGUGAUGGGUCUCCCCCGGGGCCAAGAACAAGGUGGCUCACAGGGUGCCAGCCCCGCGCCAGCUCUUGCCCAGGCAGGGCAGCUGUGCCCUGGAAGGACCCGGAGCGUCUCUCCCUUGUCAGCUUUUCCCUAUGGGCCUGACAAUGCCCUGGGUGCCUGUGGCUGCUGCCCUGUGUCGGGUGGCCGUGGCCGGUCUCCCGCGUGGGUGGGUGACGCUCCUCCUGUGUCCUUGCAGGCCUUCCAGCGCGUCCGCCAGGCUCUGCGGGAAGCCAAUUCACUGGCCUGGGAGGAGUCCUUUGCCGGCAUGAAGCUGAUCUCCGAUGCCCUGGUGAAGAAUGGAGGUGUUGUGGCUGCUCACCCGCUCGGCUUCUGAGCUCCCGGGGGGCUUUCAGUCAGGGACUGGAAGGAGCUUGGCAUCUAUUAAAGCUGAUGUAAAGCCA